ACAUGCCAGCAGCCACUCCAGUGGCUUGCGACUUGCCUACUAUCGAACAUCUGAACGUCGCGUAUAGAGCAUACAUUCAAUACGGCGGACGUGGUUUUUAAAUGCGUCGCAGUUCAUAAUAAAAAAAAAAAAACAAAAAUUGUUUUUACAAUUUUUUUGGCUUCCUUGUUGUCAUCAGGAAAUUAACACACAAAAAAAUUUUUCUCAAAAAUGCUGUCUAGCAAAAACAAAAAAUGCAUAACUUAAACGAAAAUUUCAUAUGCUCAUAGCAUGAAAAGUGCUAAUAACCCGGUUGUAAUCAUGUAAAACAUUCAAUAGUCGAUAAAAAAAAAUUCUGCAAACACAACGACUUGGAAAUAUUGCAAAUUUAUUAUCUCAGAAAAAAACUAUAAAAUUCUAAAUAAAUUAUCCAACGUUUAUGUGUUCGAGAUCGAAGAAAUCGUAAAAGUGCAAAAAGUUUCCAAAGCAAGAAAAUAUACAUAUUGAAUCUGUUUGAAAAUAAAAUACUGAUAACAUGAAAAGAAAAUGAAAUCCAAUGCAAAAUUUUGCAACAACAGGACAGACAGCUAAAUUCAACUUUGGCGAAUAGGGGAAAUAUAUGCGGAUUAAUAAACAACUGAUAAAGUGUUGCUGAAAACCUCCAAGUAGAAAUUACACUACAAUCCCAGACAUUAAAUCCUGGGUAUGGACAAACAAAACAAAAUGUUGAUAGCAGUUCCGAAAAAUGCAACACAAUUCACGGAAUUUACAAAUAUUGCUCAAAACCAACAGACAAAGUCGCAACAGCAACAGCAAAGUAUACAACGAACAACAUUUCUAGUCUCAGAGAAAACUGCUAACAGCGAACAGCAUUUUAAUGAAUAUUAAUCAAGAGAAGCAACAUCAUCAGCAGCAGCAACAUCAUCAACAUCAAACCCACCACCAGCACCAGCAUAACCAUUUACACAGCACCAACAACGGAUUCCAGCAGCGACAUUCGACCACAACACAACAUCCAUCAUCGGGAAAUUCAAAUACGGCAACAUUAACAGCAGCAGGCCGCCUGCCUGAAUUCGAAUUGGAAUAUUUUAAAAAAGCGCAUGCGCAUGCACAAGCAACAUUGGCCUACAGCUACGAACGUCAGCUUCAACAUUUGCAGCAGCAACCUCAACAAUUAGCCUCCCGACGCACGAAUUUCGAAAACGAAUAUAUUGGCAAGUGCAGCAACGCCUACAACUUUCAACAGCACCACCACCACCACCUCCAUCAGCACGAAAUUGCAACCACCACCUCUUCCAAUUCCGCCAGUGCCCAGGCACACUCUACUGCCGUUAACUCUUCUAUGGUUAUGUCACCGAGUCGGCGACCCUCGCCACCAAGAGCCGCAGCACAUCCCAUGAAUAUGCAUUUAAGUGCUAUGGCCCAUGCUCAGAUGCAAUUUCAGUUGCAACAAAAACUAACGGCAGCAGCAGCAGCGGCUGGCAAUGCCGGUCAUUCGUCACAUGGUGGUCUGCCGCCCCCACCAGGCCAUUUGGGCAGCUACUUUCGCAAUCCGCCUUCACCGGCUGGCGGCGGAGGUGGAGGAACGACAACAGCCUCCAAUGCUGCCGCUAACACAACACCCAGUUCCAGUGCUUCCAAUAAUAACACGUCAUCUGCUCCUUCUUCCACCUCAAGUACCCCAACAUCGACGGCGACAUCGUCCGUUCACAAUCCGCUAAAUCACCUGCAGAAUAUGCAGCCUUUUGAUUUUCGAAAAAUAAACUCUGCCGCCUUGGGGGCAUUUCCAGGUCUUCCACCGCCAGCUCGUCUAAGUCCCAGUGAACUGGCCCACCAUCAACAUUUGCAACAACAAGCCGCUCAACAGGCUGCCAUGUUGGCCCAAGCGAGGCGUCGCAUCAAUGAAGCUAGCACUCCGUCGGAGAAAAAUGCUGCUGUUGCAGCAGCGGCUGCUGCGGCUGCUCAAAGUAAUCAAUUCUUUAAUGCAAUGGCUAUGUCGGGACAUCCUUUACCCUUCCAUCUGCCGCCACCACCUCCUCUGCCUCAUCUACACCCCCCCUCGCCGGGUGCUCAGGCGAGCGCUACGUCUGGCUCGGGCUUGCCUGCUGGUUUGACCAGUAACCAGGUGGCUGCCAUAGCGGCAGCAGCUGCAGCGUCCGGCAAUCCCAUGCCACAUGGCUUUUUGUCCUCGCAUUUUCCCGGUCUUAAUCCUGCCUUAGCAAUGGGUAAACCUCCACAUCUCGCAAAAACUCCCGAGUUGGAUAAACAGAAGAUAUCGGAUAUGAAUCAUUUGCGUGAUUCGUCCGGUUCCAGACGUACACCACCGGCACGCAGUAUUACACAAUCAUCGCUCUCGAGCUCAUCCGGGAGUCAGCAGUCACCAUCAGCAACCUCGCUCAAUCAGCAACAAAGUUCAAGCAAUUACCAAAGUCAAAGAGAUCUUAGGGAUGUGGGCAACAGUCAUAGGAACUCUCUGCAGCAUGAUUCUCCCUCUAGCCAGUCGCAAAGGCUUUCUAGGAUAUCAUCCAGCGGAGGCCUACGACCAGGUCGGAAGGCUCACUCCCCAGGAAAGCGACAAUGGGGCUCACUGCCAGCUAAUCUGGGCACACAAUUUAUCAACCCAGUGACGGGGAAAAAGCGGGUACAGUGCAAUGUCUGUCUCAAGACCUUCUGUGAUAAGGGAGCCCUAAAGAUCCAUUUCUCAGCGGUACAUUUGAGAGAAAUGCAUAAAUGCACCGUGGACGGCUGCAAUAUGAUGUUCAGCUCCAGGAGAUCGCGUAACCGCCAUAGUGCUAACCCCAAUCCCAAGCUUCACUCACCUCACCUGAGGCGCAAAAUUUCUCCCCAUGAUGGACGCAGUGCUCAGCCCCAUCCGCUUCUGCUGCAACCUCCCAAUGGCCUAAUGGCUGGUCUCAAUCCUUUCGGCAGCUUCCCCAUGCUUACACCACCGCCUGACAUGCGUCACCAUCCCAUGGGAGGUAUGGGAGAUCACAAAUACAAUUCGGAGCUAAUGCAGAGGUCCUACAUGGAUGGUCCACUCAUGGGCCGCUAUGAGGGUAGGCCCAUGCCCAUAUCAGAGGUCAUGGGUGACGAUGAUGAAGACGAUGAUGGUAUGGACGGUGGCAUACAUAUCGGUGAUAUAGACGACGACGAUGAUGAUGACGAUGGCGAAGGCAUUGUCGUUGUGGGCGAUGAAGGCGACAGCAUGUUAGAUAAAACCAAUUCCGAGGACUUCAGCAUAGACGACAAUGGAGCCGAAGAGACAUCUUCCACGAUGGGAGACAACAGUCGAGAUCAUUUCGAUCGUUCCGUGUACUCCAACACCCCCACUGAGUAUUUGAAAACCAAAGAUAAGCAACAGGAUCACACAAAGAAGGAUGAUGCGGACGAGGAUGGUCGCAGCACUGUGGAAAGGCAUAGUACCGAAAGCAACGAUGACACUUUAAGUGUGACUGACUCGUGCAGUGUGAGAGAGGAGUUUGAAGGCUCUUCGAAUGCCCACUCACAGCAGGCAUCCACCAAUGGCAAUUCACAUGGCCACAGUUCUUCCAGCAAGCGAAAACGCAAAAAUCAAAAUCCAGUGCGAUGUGCUGUACAAUCAACUGAAAAUUCCUGUGAUAAUUCUAACGAUUAUGAAAUGGUCAAUGAUUUGACAAGGAAAUCAUCGGAAGUAAGGGAAGAGGCAUCAAUUAAAGAGGAGCCUACUGAAGAUGACCCCAUGUCCUUGGAUUUGUCAAAGAGGACGCGCAAGUCAGAGGAGCAAGCUGCAAAUGAGAGCACUAAAGUAUUACCCUCACCUCCACUAACACCAUCGACCUAUGCUAAUGAUGCGGCAAGAAACACAAUGCUUUCCAAUCUGGCAGUAAAAGAGGAACCACGAGAAGAGGAAGAGGAUCAGGAGGGAAGAUUACAAAAAAUGCAAUGUGAAACUUCCGGCUUUGAGGGCGUCCCAUCCAAACCUUCCAGCUCACAAACUUUAGAUCUAACAUCUAUGCCCAAGGAAAGGCAAUUGGAAGAACCAAACAACUCCAAAGAAAAUGGACGCUUAGUGGGCCUUUUGAUGCCAGUGAUCAAAGAAGAACCACGAGAAGACCCAGUCGGUGGCACAACACCACCACCUCCGCCUUCAACUGCUGAAGAGCCUGAAGAAGAAAAUCGUUAUCUGAGAAUUAAGAAGGAGCUUAUGGAAGAUAAUUUCAAACUAAACAUAUCAUCAGAGGAUAACAACAAUCUACCCGAAAACUUGACCACCAAGGUCAAUCUAAACGAAGUCAAAACUACAACAGCGACAGAGGAACAAAACGGUGGUGAAUUCCUUAGCGAGGAAGCAGAGGUGCCCAUCGACAAGGACAAUCCCCUCAAGUGUACAGCUUGCGGCGAAAUCUUUCAAAAUCAUUUUCACCUCAAGACUCACUACCAAAAUGAACAUUUGAAGCUGCAUCAUAAAUGUAACAUUGAUGGUUGUAAUGCCGCCUUCCCCUCCAAGCGAAGUCGUGACAGGCACAGCUCCAAUUUGAAUUUGCACCGAAAACUCCUGUCGACAAGUGAUAAUCACAAUUUGGAUCCCAUGCCUGAGCCCAUGAUGCUAAACAGUAGCAAAGGCUACAACGCCGCAACAGCAAACAACAUCUCCGCUUCUGCAUUGCAGGCUGAGUUUUUGGCCCGUUUAUAUGCGGGAGCUCAUGGCUUGCCUCCAUUAAAUUUCGAAGUUUUGAAACAGCAUUUCCCCUCAAACCAACAGCAAGCAGCAGCAGCAAUGCCACCCACCUUUCCUGAUGCCACAGCGGCCUUUAUGAGUGAUCCCAGAUUUCUAAUGCAACAUGGAGGAAAUCCCCUACUUUUCUCGGGACUACCAGGACUGCCAGGAUUUCCCCACCUAUCGCCUCACCUGUUGGCAGCCUCCUCGUUUAAUGGCCUAAAUCCCUUCAUUGGUCGCCGGCCGUCAUCAGAAUCUCAUUCGCCGCAUUCGGUUACACCGCCAGUAGGCGGCGGACCGUCACGAUCACCUCUUCUAACAAAUCCAAAAUCUUCCAGUUUAUUCACCGGCAACAGUGAACAGGAUGUACGAAGUAAUGCAACCUCUUCACCUUCAGCAAACGAUCAGCACUCUCUUUAUGGCAAUGGCGGCAACACAAGUUCCUCACAACAUCCGCAUCAUACGUCAUCUUCACAGCAACAGCAACAGCAGCAGCAUCAAGCUCAGGCUUCAGAUCGUGUAUCAUGACCCCCUUCUCUGCAGCACCAACAUCUAACACAGCAACAGCAGUCACAACAAAUUCAUUUUCCACCCCAUCCCAUGCAUUAUUCCGAAAUGAUGGCUUACCGACAUUAGUGAAAGAGUGGUCAAAGUUAAUUCAUACGGAAGACACAUAUAUUCUAGAAAAAAUGGUGCAAUACACAUGUAAAUAUAGCAUAUGGAAUAUGAAAAUUUUAGAGGAACAAAGUAGGACGAAUGGCAAUAUCCCGUUUGAUUGAUUAAAACAAGUAACAGCGAUUUGAUUUCUUAACCAACAAAGCUAAUUAAUUAAAGUAUCAAUCAGUAAUAAAAAAAUUAAA